UACCUGUCAAUUCUCAUUUUACCUACCAAUUCUCAAACUUUUACAGUGAAAUUUAAAUUUUAAAUUCAGGCAUGACUGCAAGACUAAAAUUUGAGAGCAAUGUAUCUCAAGAAGAAAAGGAACAAUUCAUUAUAAAACCAUUAGGUGCUGGCCAAGAAGUUGGUAGAUCAUGUAUAAUAAUAGAAUUUAAAGGGAAAAAAAUUAUGUUAGAUUGCGGAAUACACCCAGGUUUGAUGGGAAUGGAUGCUCUGCCUUAUGUUGAUUUCAUAGAUGCGGAUGAAAUUGAUUUAUUAUUAGUCAGCCACUUUCAUUUAGACCAUUGUGGAGCUCUGCCUUGGUUUCUUGAAAAAACAACAUUUCGGGGUAGAUGUUUUAUGACCCAUGCAUCAAAAGCUAUAUAUCGUUGGUUACUUUCUGAUUAUGUUAGGGUUAGUGCAUCUACUCAGGAGCAAAUGUUAUUUACUGAAGAAGAUCUUGAAAAAAGUACCCACAAAAUUGAAACCAUCAAUUUUCAUGAAGAAAAAGAGGUUAAUGGAAUUCGUUUCAAGGCUUAUAUGGCUGGUCACGUGUUAGGAGCUGCCAUGUUUUUCAUAGAAAUAGCAGGAGUCAAGUUACUUUACACUGGAGAUUUUUCCCGAGUCGAAGAUAGGCAUUUGAUGGCAGCCGAAAUCCCUUCCGUUAGGCCGGACAUAUUAAUCACGGAAUCCACGUAUGGGACCCACAUUCACGAAGAUAUGGAGGAAAGAGAAAAACGAUUUACCUCGUUGGUCCAUGACAUAACUUACAACCGAGGCGGGAGGUGCCUAAUACCCGUUUUUGCCCUCGGACGUGCUCAAGAAUUAAUGCUCAUUUUAGAUGAGUAUUGGCGCAACCAUCCCGAAUUAAACGAUAUCCCCAUAUAUUACGCGUCCUCCUUAGCCAAGAAGUGCAUGAACAUUUUUCAGACCUACAUUAAUUCCAUGAACGAAAAAAUAAGGAAACAAAUAGCUCAUUCUCCCAGAGACAAUCCCUUCGCGUUUAAGCAUAUCAAAUAUCUCAAAAGUCUGGAAAAUUUUGAAGAUCUAGGUCCUUGCGUUGUGCUAGCCAGUCCAGGCAUGCUGCAAAACGGGAUAUCUCGCGAGCUUUUCGAAUCUUGGUGCUCGGAUCACAAGAACGGCACUAUCAUAGCUGGUUACUGUGUCGAAGGCACCCUAGCUAAGUCCAUACUUUCAGAACCGGACGAAAUAACCGCGAUGAAUGGACAGAGGCUCCCGUUAAGAUGUUCGGUAGAUUACAUUUCCUUUUCCGCUCACACCGAUUACAAACAGACUAGCGAAUUCGUGAGACUCCUGAAGCCGGCUUAUGUCAUAUUGGUUCACGGAGAACAGAACGAAAUGUACAGACUUAAAGCGGCACUGAUUCGAGAAUACGAAGACGAUCCCGACAAUAAUAUAGAGAUAUUCAAUCCCAGGAAUACGCAGGCCGUGGAAUUGUAUUUCAGGGGAGAAAAAAUGGCCAAGAUUGUAGGAACUUUAGCUAUGCAUAAACCUAAACCAAAUCAAAGAGUGACGGGCAUUUUGGUGAAACGCAAUUUCAACUACCACAUCAUGGACUCGAAAGAUAUAAAUAAUUACACUGGCCUAACCGUUAAUACGGUGACUCAGAGAAUGACGGUACCGUUUACCGGCUCCGUUACGCAAUUGAAAUCGACGCUGUGUCCCAAAUUUAUCGCGCGAAUAGAGAAGGAACCCGGAAACGAAAAAUUCGCGAUAAAGCUUUUUGACGGCAAUUUGUCGCUCACCUUGGAAAGGGAGGACGAUUUGAUAAUUUUGGAAUGGGAAUCUAGUGCUUUGAAUGACAUGCGUGCCGAUGCCUUGAUAGCUUGUAUUCUUAAACAAGAGACCAGUAUUAAAAGUAUUAUUGGAAAGUCCACUUAAAAAAUACUCUCGAAUCCAUAUUAACAAAUUUUCAUCAUUCUCCUGGAUGCAACCCGCUUUUCCACCAAAGCUAGGGUUAUAGGUAUACAAUCCCCCAUAUCCCUAAGCAUUUCAGCCUUUUUAUCCUUAGUGGCUAAAUUUCCACACACACUGGGAUACAUGUAUAUCGACCCACAUCGUACGGCAACACUAGACCUCUGGAGCAAAAAUCGCUCAUAUCCAGAUUCACUAAAACAAAGAGACAGGAACUUUCCAUUGAUACAGCAUUGCGUUGAUUAAGCUGUUCAAAGAAAAUCUCCAUCGCUCUUUCUCCACCUAAACUUUAACCCAAUUAUACAUGAUGACAAUAAUAUGACCCCUCUGCCAGAUCCAAUAAUUCCAACUUCAUCCAUAUGCCAUCUAAGAUAUGAAUGGUUAAAAACUGUACCUAGUUCUAAUCUAGGCUUGUUAUUAACCAACAAAGAACUCAGAAUAGCCAUAGGCCUUUGCUUAGGAUGUGAAAUCGUAACCUACAUCAUGCGUCCUAUGUGAAACCCAAAUCGAUAGUCUUGGACACCACCCCCUUCACUGUCGUUUGUCAAAAGACAGAUUACCCAGAUAUCAUGCUAUCAAUUCAAUCAUCAACAGAACCUUGAAAUCCUCAAAUAUUCCCUCCACCCUGGAACCAUCCGGCCUCAGCCCCGACAAUCAAACCAGACCAGAUGGUAUGACGCUAGUCCCUUGGAACCAAGGUCUACCUCUCGCCUGGGAUUAUACUUGCGUGGAUCGUUUUGCCAGAUCUUUUCCUUCCAACUCUUUCACGAAAGCCAAAAACACAAAAACAAACAAAUAUAGCAACCUUAAUAAUGUUUUGUUUGUUCCUGUAGUCUCAGAUACCUGUGGAUCAUUUGGACCCCAAGCUCUAAAAUUAUUCAAAACAAUAGGGCAAAGGUUACGAUUAAUCACAGGUGAUCCAAAAGAAGGCUUCUACCUUCGACAGAGAAUAUCAACUGAAAUCUUCCGUUUCUAACUGCAUAUCCACACAUGGGUCUGUAAGCCC